AUGCCGCGUGUGCAGGUUUUAUGGACAUGCUCAGUGCUGAUUGUAAUUUUGUUCACAGAGUCCCACUGCGUUCAGAAGGCGACUCUGACUAAAAACUGGGGACCGCAGUCGAUGCUGUACCUGAAGGGGAAAUAUGGUAGGAGAUACGUUCCAGACAGUGAUGUGGAUUUUUAUAAAUCAGCUCUGAAAAGCUUGUACACGGUUAUCAGAGACGAAGUCUGUGCAAGCUGGAAGAUCAACGCAGCUUUUUGCAGCUGAGAAUCUGCUGAUCCGUUAUACAGAGUAGGAUCAUUUUAUGCAGCUUAA